AUGCUAAGGAAGGGCUCGGAGUUGUUCCUGGCCACAGGAAGUGACAGGGAGGUGCUGUUGGAUCUGGACUACGUGACGGGCGAUCGGGGCGAACCCCAAACCACAGACCGCUAUGGGAGUCUGCAGAACGGGGGCUUCAUCCCACCAAGAUGUGAUGAGACAGCGAGCGUGAAAAAAUCUAUCCAUUAUCUGAAACUUAGCGCCCCCUGGGAUGUGUUGGUUUAUUACGCAGAGGAGCUCAUUCAAAGAGCGCCCCUACAGGCCCAACCAAACCCGGACUUCAAUACGUCUGACCGGAUCCUCAUUCCCAACGUCAUGGCGCAGUCCAUGCCCAACAGGCCACUGGACUACUACACUUGUGCCUUUCGCAAGUCAAAGAUGGAGAAGUUCAUCGGCUUUGAGGACCAUGACACUUACUUCACUAACACACAGAGACACCAUAUAGUGUAUGAGCUUCUGGCGAGGACGGUGUACGGCAAGAGGAAGCGAGCGGAGAUGGGCGUGGCUCGACUGCUCAACGAGGGGGCGUACACUGCAGCGUUUCCCUUGCAUGAGGGCCCCUUUGAGCUGCCAGCGUAUGAGGUAUGUCCAGAUGAGCUCAACCAGAGGCAGGUCUUGUUCCAGUAUUGGGCCCGCUGGUCUACGUGGUACAAGUACCAGCCACUGGACCACAUCAGAGAAUACUUUGGAGAGAAGAUAGCCUUUUACUUUGCCUGGCUGGGGUUCUACACAGCCUGGCUGCUCCCAGCAUCGGUGGUGGGGACCUUUGUCUUUGUGUCAAGAGACAUGUCCAUUGGGACCAAAACUCCUGCCAAGGAGAUCUGUAACAGUGGGAACAGCUGCCUGAUGUGUCCUCUCUGUAAGACCUGCAAGGCCUGGAACAUGUCUGAUAUCUGCCCCAUGGUUAAGGUGGGCUACCUGUUUGACCACCCCGGGACAGUCUUCUUCAGUGUGUUAAUGUCCUUCUGGGCAGUCACCUUCCUGGAGUACUAGAAACGCAAGAUGGCCACCCUGGCUCACCACUGGGACUGCAUGGACUUCCAGGAGGAGGAGGAGCGUCCGCGGCCUGAGUUUGCGGCCAUGGCUCCAGUGACGGGAGUGAAAGAGCCCUACUUCCCAGAGAAGGCCCGGCUGUCCCGCAUGCUCACUGGCUCCAUGGUCAUCAUCAUCAUGUUGUGUGUGGUGAUGAUCUUCCUGGUGACAGUGAUCAUGUAUCGUGGGAUAGUGAGUGUGAUGAUGUACCGCACAGGCAGCGUUGUGCUGCGUACUCAGGCAGGGAACAUUGCCAAUAUCUCCAGCAGUUUGGUGAAUCUGGCCCUGAUUCUGCUGAUGGGGCAGGUCUAUACUGCGUUGGCACUGCAGCUCACUAAAUGGGAGAUGCACAGAACACAGACACAGUACGAAGACGCGUUUACCUUCAAGGUGUUUGUGUUCCAGUUUGUCAACUUCUACUCCUCUCCCUUCUAUGUGGCAUUCUUCAAGGGAAGGUUUGUGGGAUAUCCUGGACACUAUGGUACCUUGCUUGGUAUGAGAAAUGAAGAUUGUGGUCCAGGGGGUUGUUUCAUUGAACUGGCUGAGCAGCUCUUCAUCAUCAUGGUGGGGAAACAGCUCAUCAGUAAUGUUCAGGAGUUUGUCAUCCCUAAGGUGAAGGCAUGGCAACAGAAGAGGGCGCUGAAUAAGGUGCGUGGAAUGCAGGCAUCCCAGGAGCCUCGGCGGUGGGAGGAGGACUAUCAACUGGUAGAGUGUGAGGGCCUGUUUGAGGAGUACCUGGAAAUCGUGCUCCAGUUUGGAUUCAUCACCAUAUUCGUGGCGGCGUUCCCCCUGGCGCCACUCUUCGCCCUGCUCAACAACUGGGCCGAAAUGCGCCUGGAUGCCCACAAGUUUGUGUGCGAGUACAGGAGGCCCGUGGCCGAGCGCGCCCAGAACAUCGGCGUGUGGUUCAACAUCCUGGAGGCCUUGUCGCACCUGUCCGUCAUCAUCAAUGCUUUCUUGAUCGCCUUCACGUCAGAUUUCUUACCGCGACUGCUCUACCAGUACAAGUUUGACAACAAUCUGAACGGAUAUGUUAAUUUCACUCUGGCCUAUGCUCUGCCCAGCUACACCAGCCAUCCCAUGUGCAGAUAUAAAGCCUUUAGGGACAACAAUGGAAAUUACACCCUGGUUUACUGGGAACUCCUGGCUGUGAGGUUAGGCUUCAUCAUCGCUUUCGAGCACGUAGUGUUUUUCGUCCUGCGAGCAAUAGACUGGAUGGUGCCGGAUGUCCCUGAGUCUCUGGAGCUGAAGAUGAAGAGAGAGCGCUACUUGGCUAAGCAGGCCCUGGCCGACAACCAGGAGGCCCUGUUCGUGAGUCAGCGAGCCCCGGCCUCCAGCCCAGGUCAGUGGAACAUGCCGAUGCUCACACACCCUCACCCUCACUUUUCCUCCUUCGGUUCAGUUUUAUCCCUGUUAUAUUAUAUUAGUGGUUACUCAUUAGCUAGGGCUCCUGUUCAUUUGAAACUACACACACAUAAAGUAAGUCAUUAA